CCGUCACAUGAAUAAUGUGAACGAAUCUUGAAACAACUGAGUACUGCUUGGAAUCCUGCUGACCUGCUUAACAAAACAAUAAAGGUACUGUGAGGGGAAGCGUCAGUGUUUAUUCACAUCUCUGUGUAGAGGGCAGUGCGAUGACACAGCAGCUAGUGGGGGUUCCUCCAAGUGCUCGGGUUUCCUCCCACACUCCAAAAAUGUUUCACGGGGAGGGGUGAGUUUAAACUGCCCUUUGUGUGUGUGUGUGUGUGUGUGUGUGUGUGUGUGUGGUGACUGCACGUGAUUACCCCGUGAUGCUUUCGGCUGUUUCACGCACUGGGCUUCCAGGAUAGACUCCAGAACAGCAUGACCUUGCGCUGGACAUGUUGUUAAUAAUGAAGGUGAACUCCAUACUAACAUGAAUAUGGCUAGUCACACACAGAGCAGUGGAGACAGCAGUACUCCUGUACUUCAGGACACUGUCUCUGUGAUUCACUGUAAAAGUGGGACCUAAAAGGUCGACUUGAGAGGUAUCUGAUCUGAAAGGAAUGUACAACUACUUAGCAAUAAUAAUAAGGAAAACGGGUUUGUAAGAAAUACUAAGUGUAAACCGAUCCGACAUUCCGUGUUCCUGCUUUAUUAAAAGGUACAAAGUACUUCUUUCUCUCGUUCAGCUCAUUUUCAUUCCCCUCUCAUAUUUCUUUCCUGCGGCAACAAAGGAGUCUUUGUGGUUACUUGUGUUGUGCUGCAACACCAGGAAACUAUUGCAACAGCUCCAAAACCCACCUCAGAUCAGUAUAACAAUGUGGCUCCUGUUGCAUAAAACGGAGCUGUGGAAAACACACUGAUCCUGGAUCGGUUUUUCCGCAGAGAGUGCCGGCAGGAGCAACGCCCCCGAGCCCGGGGCCAAUCACGUGGCUUUUUCGGGUCGUACUCUGAACCAAUCAGAGAGCACAUACACAGCCACACCUACCUUGUGGCAGCGCUCGAUUUACAACUUUUUUAUAUUUAGUCUUUAAUGAUGUACUCGCACAGGCUCCAAAACUUGCAGAAAGUAUGAAAAUACGGCAAAGCAUUAGAGCGCAGCAUCACUACAGCGGCUUCCAUCACUGGCGAUCGUAAUGUGAUAUAGGGGUGGUCCCUUCUUCCGUCCAAUCAGCAGCGCGGUGACUCUGUUGAGGGGUGUGUCUUCGUUGCAUACCCAAUCAGGAGCGGAGCCUCCUUUCCCGUCCAAUCAGCGGUGGCGGUGUGUCCUCUACGGGGAGGCGCCCUGCUUUGGACGCAGCCUCAGUUCUUCAGACACGCAGUGGCAAUGGCGGCUUUGAGAGCGGUGGUCCACAGGUGGCGUGGUUGGCCUUUCUGCCCGGCCCUGGGAUCUGUGCGCUUCGCCAGCUCUUCCUUCAAGGCUUCCGACUUGACUGUGGAGCACAGCGGCACCUCGAAGCCGAAGCCCGACCCCUCGUCCCUGGUGUUUGGGAAGCACUUCUCCGACCACAUGCUCACCGUCCACUGGUCCCAGCAGGAAGGCUGGGGGGCACCGCAGAUCACGCCCUUCCAGAACCUGUCGCUGCACCCUGCCUCGUCGGCCCUGCACUACUCCAUCGAGCUCUUCGAGGGAAUGAAGGCAUUUCGGGGUGAUGACAAGCAUGUACGCCUCUUCCGGCCCAUGCUGAACAUGGAGAGGAUGCACCGUUCUGCCGAGCGCUCCUGCCUUCCCCUCUUUGACAAGGCCGAGUUGCUCGAGUGCAUCAGGAGGCUGGUGGAGCUGGACCAGGAGUGGGUGCCCUACUCAUGCGAUGCCAGCCUCUACAUACGGCCCACCUUCAUCGGCACCGAGCCCUCCCUGGGGGUGUCGAGGGCGUGUCAUGCCCUGCUCUUUGUCAUCGUGGGGCCCGUGGGGCCCUACUUCGCCACGGGGUCCUUCAACCCGGUGUCCCUGCUCGCCGACCCGAAAUACGUGCGGGCCUGGAGGGGGGGCGUCGGCGAGUUCAAGAUCGGAGGGAAUUACGGACCCACGAUCGCCGUGCAGCAUGAGGCCAACAAGUUGGGCUGCCAGCAGGUGCUGUGGCUCUACGGCGAGCAGGAGGAGAUCACCGAGGUGGGCACCAUGAACAUCUUCAUCUACUGGACCACGAAGGAUGGAGGGAGAGAGUUGGUCACUCCUCCACUAGAUGGCAUCAUUCUUCCAGGGGUCACCAGGCAGUCGCUGCUGGACCUGGCGCGCCAGUGGGGUGAGUUCAAGGUGACCGAGCGUACAGUCAGAAUGAAGGAGCUCCUGGCGGCUCUGGACUCGGGCCGGGUUCUGGAGGUGUUUGGUUCUGGUACAGCUUGUGUGGUCUGUCCAGUGGGCAGCCUGCUCUACAGAGGAAAGACCUAUAAUAUUCCCACGAUGAAGAACGGUCCCCACCUGGCCAAGCGCUUCUACAAAGAACUCACGGAUAUACAGUACGGUCGGGUGGGCAGCGACUGGACGAUGCUGGUGGCUUGAGGAGCGAAGGCCUCUAAGCCAAGCGGCAGAGAGUUGGUCUGCCACGCUCCCAGCCCCUCCCUCCAACACUCCCAUUGGUUUUCUUUGCAAACAAGGUCUGCUUUGUGUGUGGAUGCGGGGCCGCAGUUGCGGUUCGCAGCUCCAUCCUUGUGCACUUUCUUUUAAAGGGACUAGAGGUAGUUUUUCUCCGCUUAUCCGUUCUGCUUUCAGGUCAGACACAUUUAUUGCACAGCCAACCGUCAACUAGUUUCGGUUAAACUGUUUUUGCCCAUCUGUGUCUGCGUGAAGUGUCACAGUCAGCGUGAGCGUGCGGUUGACGCUGUGGUCAAAUGGCUGCUGGAACUAAUUGACUUGUGUUUUUUUUUUAUAAGUGUAGAUUUCACAGUACUAACGCGUGUCCGUGACGACAUGUGAAUUGUUGCUGUUUUCGUCUGACUAGCGUGUUACAUGGAAUUUGGCGGUAAGCUGCGGUGCUAUUUUACAUGGUUCUUUGGACUUAGGACUGUUCACUCCUGCGUGUGUGUGUGUGUGAGAGAAUCGAGCAGGUCACACAAAAUGACCACUGAGGUGAAGAAUCAAACCACUUUGAAGCGAUACGCACACACACCGUCUGUUCCCUGUGUCAUAACUCUACCUUUACCUGCUCGUGCUUAAGUCUUCCAGCGUGCUGAGCCAUCACACGGCCCUUACACUGGUAAACCUGGGCUGUGAUUUAGUACACUCUGAAUGUGAGUGUGUCCGAAGUACUGUGUGUUAGGAAGUAACAGGUGUCUGUCGCAUCGCUGGAAUGUCAAUGCUUCUCUUGUCUCGUUGUUACACCGGGCACUGUUACUGUUUUUACAAUAAACCUCCUCUGUUCUAUGGC